GUAGUGAGUGGAAACGCCAACCGGAUGCUUCACAUUUAUACAUCCGGUGAGAUAUCUGGCUUUACCGCUAUUCUUGUAAACAUGGCGGAGACUGAACACCAUUCAGGCUCCUCCCCCGAAGAUGACACACCACCGAUCCCUGUCUGUCAGAACUUCAUGGUGCCCAAAAAGGAGAUCAGCAUGUUUCCUGAUAUGGGGAAGUGGAAACGUUCCCAGGCGUAUGCUGAUUACAUGGGAUUCAUUCUGACGCUGAACGAGGGAGUGAAGGGAAAGAAACGUACAUGUGAAUACAAAGUGUCUGAGACCAUAGAGAAGCUUCUGGUUCUGUUGGGGACUCUGGACCGCUGGAUAGAUGAGACUCCUCCUGAAGACCAGCCCUCUCGCUUCGGCAACAAGGCCUACAGGACUUGGUACGCCAAGCUCGACCAGGAAGCAGAGGGCCUGGUUGCAGCAGUCAUCCCAGAAGACAAGGCAGCUGCGGCUCCAGAGAUAGCUGUGUAUUUGAAGGAGGCGGUGGGCAACUCCACCAGGAUAGACUAUGGAACAGGUCACGAGGCUGCGUUUGCCAUCUUCCUCUGCUGUCUCUGCAAGAUAGGAGCUCUCAGGGUAGAUGACCAGUUGGCCAUCAUUUUCAAGGUGUUUGACAGGUAUCUGGUGGUCAUGCGCAAGCUUCAGAAAACCUACAGAAUGGAGCCUGCUGGCAGCCAGGGGGUCUGGGGGUUGGAUGAUUUCCAAUUUCUACCUUUCAUAUGGGGCAGCUCCCAGUUUGUAGACCACCCCACGUUGGAGCCCAAGCACUUUGUCGAUGAAAAAGUGGUCAACGAGAAUCACCACGACUACAUGUUCCUGGAGUGCAUCAAAUUCAUUAAUGAGAUGAAAACUGGUCCGUUUGCUGAGCAUUCCAAUCAGCUGUGGAACAUCAGUGCUGUCCCCACCUGGUCCAAAGUCAACCAGGGCCUGAUCCGAAUGUACAAGGCAGAGUGCUUGGAGAAGUUCCCUGUUAUUCAGCACUUCAAGUUUGGCAGUCUCAUCUCCAUCCAGCCUGUGAAGCCCUGACGGCCAUCCAAAGAAACCAUGUGUGUGACGGAGAGACCAAACUCCCAACAUCCCUUGAGGAUGAACGCCCGAUCCUCACCCAAGAAAGAUC